CUGUAAUUGGAUGCUCUACGACUCCAUCUGUACUGAGCGCUACAUGGGAUUACCGACUGAAAAUGGAAAUGUAAAAAAGUAUCAGUCAAGCUCAGUGCUUGCGCACGCAAGUAAAUUAAAGACCAAAAAGUUUAUGCUGGUUCAUGGUACCGGCGACGACAAUGUCCACUUUCAGCAGUCGAUGAUGCUGAGCAAACUGUUGACCGCAGAGGACAUUAUCUUCGAUCAGCUCACUUAUCCUGAUGAGGCCCAUCACUUGGGACACGUAACGGCACAUUUGUACCACAGCAUGGAUAUUUUUUGGGCCAAGUGUUUUGGGUACGAUAUAGAAAGUAAUUCACUCUCUGGAUCGAGCAACACUGUUUAAUUUACUUUUUCCAGCAUUAAGUAUACUUUUGUCAUUGUGUUUUUAAUUUUUUGUAAGUUUAAUAUUCUAUUGAGAAUUAAAUUUAAGAAAGGACUUGUCUUUUGUUCACAUACUAUAAACUUUGUUUGAAAAAAAACAUUGCAAAACCCGACAAGUUUACUCAAUGUAUACCGCGUUGAUCUGUA